UGCAGAGUCAAGAGGAGGCCCGAAUUGAAACCACACCUCCGAGCGUGAAGCUCCUUCUCUCACUCGGUCCGUUUGCGCGGGGAGGCGAGGAAGAGGAACUCAUCAGUCUGCCUGGCAGCAGUCGCCACCUUCCAACCCGGCGUCUGAUAACUGAACGCUCGCUUGGAAUGUGACUCGAACUUGAGGCCGCUCGGAGGACAUUUGACGGGACCCUAACCCAGGUCGGUAACGGCGCCAGAACUGAAGGCGGAGAAGCAGGAUGGGAACCAACUCGUCGUCGGGGGUGGACAGAAAGUUGGACCACUGCAACGUCAGUGAGCCCACCACGUACAACGUCCUCUCCGGGGUGGUCGUGGGCCAGUUUGUGCUCGGUCUGCCCCUCAACCUGUCCGUUCUCUACAUCUUCAUUUUCAGGUUCAAGUUCUGGAAGAACAAGAGCGUGUUCCUGUUCAACAUCGUGGUGGCCGACUUCCUGCUGGUGACCUGCCUCCCCGCCAAGGCCCACAGCUACCAACUGGGUCAGAGGCGCAGUCCCAACUACCGGAUGUGCAAGGCCAUGCUCUUCAUGCUCUUCCUCAACCGCGGGGCCAGCAUCGCCUUCCUGGUCGUUCUGUCCCUGGACCGCUACUUCAACGUGGUGCACCUCGGCCAGAGGAACAUCGUCAAGGUGAUGCCGCUCGUCGGCGGGGAUUCACUCCGGUUGCCCCCCUCGUUCAACUUUUGCGGCUUUGUCGACACCCUGAAGAAGUCACCGCAGAUCUCGGCGGUCAUCUGGAUGUUCCUGCUGCUCCUCGCCGUCCCGACCAUGCUGGAAACCUUCGAGUGCUGCAACAGCCUCGGCAGGGCCGUCGAGACCUUCUACCACGACGUCGCCGACGUCUUCAGAGAGGUGGUGUUCUUCUCGGAAAUCCUCGUCCCCUUCGUCAUCCUGCUGUACUGCACGCUGCGCAUCGUCCGCCGCCUCAAGAGGAAGACGGUGGGGGACAAGGCCAAGCUGCGGCGGGCCACGUGCGUGGUGGUGUCGGUGGCGGUCAUCUUCGCCAUCUGCUUCCUGCCGUGCGCCCUCGCCAGAGCGGCGCUGCUCUACGUGCGGCUCCAAGAAUGGGACGAGGCCGAGGAGGUGGCGGUUCAGGUCUACGACGCUCUCAUGGUGCUGUCCUACACGGACUGCCUGCUGGACCCGAUGGUCUACUGCUUCUGCCACAGGGGCUUCAAGGACGCCUACGUGGACGCCUUCUGCCCGGCCUUCCUGCAUAAGAGGCUGCGCAAGGCCGAGACCACCACCGCCACCGCCGCCGCCGCCGCCUCUGCCGGGAGGAGCCUCUCCUUGCCAAUGAUUGAGAAAAUACAAGUAUGAACAUUAACUGAAU